GUCUCAGCCCGCCAAGUCGACAGAGAAAGAAAGAGAGAGAGAGAGAGAGACAAGCAUCAAGCAGAGAGCUCGCUUCCACGCUUCUUACCAAGGGACCGUCGGUCUCCGCAGUUGAAAGCGAUCCAAACAGUGCCUACGGAGUACACAUCCCAGCAACUUUUGUACUUGUUUGUCUUGCCAACUUGGAAGAAGAGAGAAGACGACGACAGGCCCCCUUUCUUUGCGGCUCGCCAGGCACCAUAUUCCCGUACAUCCCUUCCGCGCCGCUACUGCAGAUCCGGGGACUUGCUUCGCUUGUCCUGCCCGUCGUUUCUAUUUUUCUCGUUUCUUCUUUGAGGGUCGACUCGCCUCACAGCACUUACAAUAGAAGCACGAAGUAAGGUACACCUCAUCGCCAGCACAUCGAGCCAACCACUUCUCACUCCCUCGCUUUACUUCCCGCUCUCCACGAAUACACGCGAGCAAACAACUGGAGCAACGAGCAGCAAGAUACCCGUAUACGCUGCGUACCCACCGGGCAACACGCGCGAUAUUAGUAUCUCUUAUUCGCCCCUCUUCCUCUUCUUGCUCAUCUUUCUGCAAGACUGCGUCCACGUACAGCCCUCGCCGUCUUUAAUUCAAACGCCCCCAACCACCCUUCCUGCAGCUGCAGGUCGAUCACAUCUCGCUCAGAUUUCAUCCACCACCACCAACCACGCGAUACUCUUUACAGCGCUCUGCAUUCAAUAUUCACUUUUGCAUCGCCAAAUUCAUCAUUCUCACCAAAUCUCACUCGCGUUGUACGACAAACAAAAGAUUCACCACCAACACUCUCACCUACGCACCGCCGUGUACAAAUCGAAAGAGAGACAGAGAGAGAGACCGAGCCAAGUGAGAUUUAUCAGAUGAAGUAAAUCUUUUCCCUCAUUUAAGCUCAACCUUUUUACAAACUCUCUCCAUCACAACCCCGUUUUCCCGACCCACACCAGCUCUAGCCGUGACAUUUGACAGCGCCAGCUCCCUGGUCUCCCCCGUCGUCCACGGCAUUUGGCCCUUGAGUUGAGUAUCCAUAAGGCACAAGGGAAUACUCCGUACCGCGAGUCCCCUUCAAAGUGCGGGUGGGCUGUGAACCUCCCGCCUCACAUCACCUCUUGGCUCAGCCACCCUUUUCACUCACGCACCACACCACACCACCACAACAAACACUUAACCACCCGGGAAUCCUUCCGCCGACCUGCAUCGAGCCAGAUAUACUCACAACUACCUCCUCCUGCCCCUCUGCUUGGGCACACUUGAAGCGGAACAAAAAGAGUCUUCAUUCUUUUGAAAAAAAUAUGUCUACACAAGUUGAGGCUAGGUCUCUGGCCUCGCUCAAUUAUCUCGCCGCAAACCCCCCGCAAUAUCCUCACAGACCAGCCGAGCAACGUCAAGACCCCCUCACACUCUACAUCUCACGAGUGCCUGGCACGCGAGACGUCAUCUUGACAACCUCAAAACCGCAUCUCAAAAAUGUCACCAGCGAAGAUGUCGCAAACUCAUUUUACUACAUCCACCUGGAACUGCCCAGUGAUGGCAGCCACCCAUACCACCCAAACUUGGCGGCCGGAUCUCAGCAACCUCACCAUCUACGGAACCCGGACACGCCCAGGUCUAGCAUGGAUAGCACCCGCAGCACGGCUCAGAUCCGGAGGAAACCGGUCGCAGGCGCAAAGGUGCCUUCACCGCCAGCCGAUCCAGCCCGCGCUCAUCUGCCCCCUCAGACACAGGCUCAAACGCAGGCGCAACCUCCGACGCCAGGCUCACAUCCAGCGGCCGCCGGCAACCGCAACUCAGGCCUCUACGGCUACGGCACCGGGAAUGCGACGGGGUACGGCAUCGGCUACGGCACGGGCAACGACCCCCGCCAACCCCGGUGGACAGAGGACCGCCCGGAGCUUCCUCCGCGACCAACAUCCCACUCACCUCCGGCCCCUCCCGUACGCAAACCCGUCGGCCCGCGAGCCAUCCCGACCCCGGCACCCGACUACGACGCGCCCUUUGCCUCCAGACCUCCUCAGCCUCCUCCUCCUCCUACAGACCUCCACCGCGCUUCUCCCUCCCAGUCCCCGUCCCGUAUGCCGCCGCAGCAGGAACCCUCCUCGUCGCCGGCGCGUUCGCGUCGUUACUCCCGUCCGACCUCCGUCUACCGCCAACAAUCUCGCUCCCCCUCACCGAACCGCUUCCACAACACAAAGGAGGUCCCCUAUACCCUCUCCCUCAUCCGCCGCGACCCGAGCACGGGCAACCAGUGGAACGUGGGCCGCGUCGCCUCCCACCAGCUCGAGGACUCUGGCGACGACGGGUACGAGUACUUCUCCUUCGACUCGGCAGGUCUCUCGGCCCACGACCGCCGGCGCGCAAAUGCCCCUCAGCCUCCCAUCAACAUCCGCCUCGAGUCCUCGGGCUACGCAAAGUUCCGCCACAUGCCUCUGCGCCAGAGCGUGGACAUGCCACGGACAUCGACGACAACUGCUCCCCCUUUUGCAAACUCGGAAGACGCACUCAACCACCUGCAACAGCAACAGCAGCAGCAGCAGCAGUCUCCCGAGGGUGGCUUCUCACGGCAAGUCGUCAUGUCCUACGCCAAAUCCUGGUCCUCCAAUAUUCGCGAAAAGUUCAGCUCCCGGUCACGGUCAGGCAGCUUGAUGGACGAAGGCGACUCAGUCCCCUUUGGUUCACCGCCAGCGAGGUCUACUCACCGCCACUCACGCCAGUUGAGCGCACACUCGACGGGCUCCGUCUCUUCUAACGGAAGCGACUCGGGGCCCAUCAUCACCCAGCCGGGCCACGGUCUCCGGCCUCAGGGUUAUGUGUUUGUCUCGCCCUGGGACGGCCGCUGCGAGUUCCGUACGGGGAACGCCGGGCGUAGUGUCAAGUGCAGACACGUCCUCCCCACGGCCGGCGGACUGAGCAACCCGCUCGCGCCAUCGAGUUCGUCGUCGUACUCGGCCAGCGUGAGCGAGUUGCGGUUUAACUUGCCCAGCACGGAGAUUUUUAAACAGGAGGGCAAGAGAGAGCAGCUGAGCGGGCACUUUAGCCGGCUUCUCAACGUCGGCAACCGAACCGGUGAGUAUAGCGACGAUGACGAGCCGCCUAGCCCGUUUGAUCUGAAGCUCGGCAAGGAGAGGGCCGGGGGCGGCAACAGGGGGAAGAGGGCCAAGUUGGGCAAGCUGAUUAUCUACCCCGAGGGGCUGAAGAUGUUGGAUCUAGUCGUGGCCGCAAACAUGGGUGUUUGGUGGGGUGCUUGGGAGAAGACGUUUUGAUGAUGAUGAGAUUUGCGUAGAGGCGUAGGGAUGUAAAGGACGUGGCCAUGUCUAUGAUGAAGAAGACGUUGAAAGAAAGGAUAUCCUCACGGUAUCAAGCCGGGGAACCACAAAAGAAACGGAAGCAUGUCAUUUCAAAGGUCGCUGGCGUUGCUGAAGUUUGGCCCAUGAUAUCAGAGCAAGGCGUUGGUUGGAUUGCGUCUUGUCGCCAUGAAUGUCAACCCACGAGGUCACGCGUGAUGAACAACACUUGGUAGAGAGACAUUUGUUUAUAAAGCUGCACUAAUAAUCAUCUUCUCGAAAUUCAACCUAAACGCCCCGUCCCAACGUGAUGCGGAUCUACAUGACAUACAUGAAGAAGAAAAUGAUGUGAAACGCAAUGACAUUCUCGACGUGAUGCCUUUUGCGACACCAUCACACAAGAUCGGGGGCGACGGUGGUCAACAGACAAAGAAAAAGGGUUGCUUUUCGCGAGAGAGAUAUUUACACAAGUCUAACCGACCCCGACCUGUCUGUAGAAAUACACAACAUGCCAAGAUCACUGCUGCCGCGGCCCUUCAUUGUCCUGCGGCCGUCGUCCCCUCGCGUCCGCCUCGAUGUGUCCAUCCUUUAGGCAUUAAAGUUGCAAAAAGGCAAAAAGAAAAAGGUGUGAUUCCUCGACUUCUCGCUCUUCACCACGACCGUCCCCACCAAGCCCUCGACCAGAGAAAUUUCUUUCCUUCUUUCUUUCGUGAAGGUGAAGAAACCCAAUCUUAUCUGUAAGGGGCAUCGGCACGGAUAACGGCAGCCAGCUCGGGCUCCCACUUGUCACCGUUGGACAGCAGCUUCUCCUUGUUGUACAGCAACUCCUCGCGGGUCUCGGUGGCGUACUCGGCGUUGGGGGAUUCGACGAUGGCGUCGACGGGGCACGACUCUUGGCAGAAACCACAGUAGAUGCACUUGGUCAUGUCGAUAUCGUACUUUGUGGUGCGACGAGAGCCAUCGGCGCGCUCUUCGGCCUCGAUGGUGAUGGCCUGGGCAGGGCAAAUGGCCUCGCAAAGUUUGCAGGCGAUACAGCGCUCCUCACCGGAAGGGUAGCGGCGGAGGGCGUGCUCGCCACGGAAGCGGGGGGAGAUGGGACCCUAAAGAGAAAUUCCUGUUAGCCGGCUUGCUCUCCGAUGUGCCUGUUCUGUCGCAAGCAGUAGUCCCCUCUUCGUCAUUCUGUGUUCGUGGUUUCGUGCGCGGUGACAGCGGGCGAUGCGUGGCCUCUUCAUCUCGGCAAUGGUCCGGCUCUUCCUGCGUUUCCCCGUAUGGGCCACCCCAUUAUCCACCUCUGAUGCUCAAUUCCUCCAUUAUGUCUUCCGGUAUGGUCGCCAAUGUCGAGAAAAAUGGGUUGCUCACCUUCUCAAAGGGGUAGUAAAUG